CAAUUGCAAAAGCGCUUCUGUCUACUGCAGUCUUGAAGGGUUUUAGUAUUUUCUGUGAGGAUUUACUAUACUCUUCUAGGGUUUCUGAUUUGAUUCUGCGGUUUCUUCCCAGCUUCAUGUUGUGAUUUCAGGUCUUUUAGGGUCUCAAGGCCUGGUGAUCGCUAUUUUCUGAGCCAUGACGAAGUUCAGGAAGCUCAAUCGACCAACUGGGCACCGGAUGUCAAUGCUUAGGACCUUGGUCUCACAGCUGGUGAAGCAUGAGCGCAUUGAAACUACAGUGGCCAAGGCCAAGGAAAUUAGACGGCUUGCUGAUAAUAUGGUGCAACUAGGGAAAGAGGGCACUCUUUGUGCUGCAAGACGAGCUGCUGCAUUUAUUCGCGGAGAUGAUGUUAUUCAUAAGCUUUUUACGGAGCUAGCUUAUCGAUACAAGGACCGAGCUGGUGGCUACACGAGAUUACUUCGAACAAGGAUAAGGGUUGGUGAUGCUGCACCAAUGGCCUAUAUUGAAUUUGUGGAUAGAGAGAAUGAGCUCAGGCAGUCAAAGCCCCCCACUCCACAACCCCCACAAAGGCCCCCCCUGGACCCCUGGUCGAGGUCUCGUGCCAGCCAGCAGUGGGCCCCUCCAAAAGAGGAGAAAACAGCAGAGUCCUUGGAAUAAAGAUAUCCUAAUUGAAUCAGGAAAAAGAAAGAAUAAUGGAUGACAUCCCUCCAUGAAAACUUAGUAAUUUUCAAAGGUGAAAUGUCAGUGUUGGUGGCCCUGUUGCAUUCUUUUAAUGAUGAUCGAGCUGCUUCAUGUCUAGCUUGUGCAUUAGAUAUGAAACAUGAUCCAGUGUAUUCCCAUUUUUGGCAAUGAAGCUUGUUGGUUCAUAGUGUGAUUCUCCCACAGAUAGAAAUGCCCUGUAAUAUGGUGUUUUUAAGGCAGCCCCAUCAUUGCUUUCUUGUAUCGUGUCUAUCCAAUUUUUGAAGGCUUUAUAUGUAUUGAGAACUUCUUGUCUUA